AUGGCACAUUCAACCAAGAGGUCAAGCAAGGCUAAAUCAACAACUUCUUCGGCAGGAAAGAAACGACCAAUUUCAUCCCCAUCUCAGUCACCAACCUCCAGCCAAUGCAGCCCAUCUACAUCACACACCUUCUCAUCCACAUCUGAUGAACCAGCCCAAAAGAAACACAAUCCUGGACAUUCGAAUGAUUACGACGAUAGAUCAUCUAGAUCGACCAAUCAAUCUACCUCACGUAGUCCUCGUAUUGCAGUACAACGUUCAGUCCCAGCCUUUUUGAACAAGCUAUACAAUAUGGUAGAAGACGAGACAACAAACGAUCUUAUCCGGUGGUCUGUUGACGGUGCCUCGUUUACAGUCGAGCAACAUGAAGAAUUCGCAAAAUCAGUCCUGCCGCGUUUCUACAAGCACAAUACCUUUGCAUCGUUUGUGCGCCAGUUGAACAUGUACGACUUCCACAAGGUACCUCACCCACAACAAGGCAUUCUCCUAGCAGACAACGACCGAGAACUGUGGGAGUUUAGCAAUCCUCACUUUCAACGUGGCAGGCCAAACCUCCUGGUGCGUGUGACACGGAAGCGCAACCGCGACCGUGACCGUGACCGUACCAACCGCGACCGUGACACAGUAGAGGCAGAACAGGUCAACCUGGCCAGUCUUGUCAAAGAUAUUACUGCGAUUCGGAAGCACCAGACCACAAUCAGUUCCGAGUUGCACGACCUCCACAGGGACAACGAAAUCCUCUGGCAAGAAACUCUCUCGGCACGUGAAAAACACCAGCGCCACCAGGAUGUCAUUCAGAAGAUCCUCCAGUUCUUAACCACAGCAUUCAACAGCGAGCAGGCACCGAUUGAUAUGAGUAAGCAUGCUCAAUUUAUGUUGGGAAAACACAACGAGUACAUUAGAAUUCCCCAAAACAAACCAUUGGUUCAAAAUAUCCAAAGUCCCAUGGUAAAUGGAUCAAUUAUUAGCAGUGAGAGAGUGGUUGAAGGGUAUUCAGGUAUGCCUAAACAAAACAAGAUAUAUAUAUAUAUAUACAUAUAUACAUAUAUUAUAAUUUUCAACUCUCUUUCCAUAACAAGAUUAGUACAUUGGCUUUAA